AUCUUCCGUUUCAUAGCAAACACAGAAACAAUGCAGAUAAUCUUCAACAUCAUCUUGGCAUUAUCAUUUGCCGUUAUCUCCACCGUUACCAGCUGCCCGCCGUCCGACAGGGAGGCGCUGUUAGCAUUCAAGGCAGCUCUCCACGAGCCUCACUUGAAGCUCUUCGAUUCAUGGACGGGCACCGACUGCUGCCGCAACUGGUACGGCAUCAGCUGCGAUCUCCAGUCACACAAAGUCGCCGACAUUAACCUCCGCGGCGAGUCCCAAGACCCCAUGUUCGGACGAGCACACCGGACCGGUUACAUGACCGGGUUUAUCUCCCCCGAAAUAUGCAAGUUAACUCGUCUUUCCAGUGUUACUAUAUCUGAUUGGAAAGGAAUCACUGGCGAGAUCCCUAAAUGCAUCACUACGCUGCCGUUUCUGCGGAUCCUCGAUUUGGUUGGCAAUAAGAUAUCGGGAGAAAUUCCUGCAGAUAUCGGGAAAUUACAACGUCUCACGGUUUUAAAUAUCGCUGAUAACCAAAUAUCGGGACGAAUCCCGGCUUCGUUGACGAGUUUAUCGAGCUUGAUGCAUCUCGAUUUGAGAAACAACAAAAUAUGGGGUCCUAUCCCGAGAAAUUUCGGGCGACUCCGGAUGUUGAGCCGGGCUUUGUUGAGUGAGAACCAAAUAAGCGGACCGAUCCCUGGGUCAAUUUCUCAAAUUUAUCGUCUCGCCGAUUUAGACCUCUCAAUGAACAAAUUAUCUGGGCCGAUUCCUAGUUCUCUCGGGAAAAUGGCGGUUCUCACGACAUUGAACUUGGAUUGCAACAAAAUAUCGGGUACAGUACCAGCAACUCUCUUGACUUCCUCCAUUGAGAACUUGAAUUUGAGUCGAAACGCGUUAGAAGGGAAAAUACCGGAUGUUUUCGGGUCGAAAUCUUAUUUUACCGUGAUCGAUUUAGCGUAUAACAAUCUUUCGGGUCCGAUACCGAAAACAUUGACGACGGCAGCUUACAUCGGACACCUAGAUUUGAGUUACAACCACCUAUGCGGGCGCAUUCCGGCCGGAGCACCGUUUGAUCAUCUUGAAGCAUCCUCACUUACUCACAACGAUUGUCUUUGUGGAAAACCACUUGCAUCUUGUUGAUUCGUUGGUUAAUAUUGU